GCUCCGAAAAGCGAACCUACGCGGACAGUCAAGGCCGGGCGGGCGCCUCUUGUCCUCCACAGCCACACAGGUGCGACAGUAGCGGGCAGUGACUGAGUGAGGGAGGGACAGGGAGCGGACUGUUUCGGCGCAUCGCCAUCGGCCGUUUACACCACUGCGCUCCCAGAGAGACCAGCAGAAAGAAGAGGAGCAUCAUGAACCCCGUCUAUAGCCCCGCCCCCUCCGGAGUGCCCUUUGCGAAUCCCAAGGGAAUCGGAUACCCGGCUGCUUUUCCGGUUGGGUAUGCAGCCGCGGCACCCGCGUACACCCCUAGCAUGUACCCUGGGGUGAGCACAGCCUUCCAGACAGGUUACACACCAGGAACGCCAUACAAAAUGUCAUGCUCUCCCACCACGGGGACAGUCCCUCCUUACUCCUCAUCCCCAAACCCCUAUCAGGCUGCUGUGUACCCUGUGAGAAGUGCCUAUCCUCAGCAGAGUCCCUAUGCACAGCAGCAAGGCACCUACUAUACGCAGCCGCUGUACGCUGCGCCCCCCCAUGUUAUCCACCAUACUACAGUGGUCCAGCCUAACGGCAUGCCAGCUGCCAUGUAUGCACCUCCCAUUCCCCCUCCCCGUGCCAAUAGCGUGGCCAUGGGAAUGGUGGCAGGCACCACGAUGGCCAUGUCAGCAGGGACAUUGCUGACAACUCACUCUCCAACACCAGUGGCCCCCCACCCAGUCACGAUCCCCACGUACCGGCCGCCUGGAACGCCAACUUACAGCUACGUGCCCCCACAGUGGUAAACAGUUGGCCGUGAUGGGAACAAUAGAUAUGCAUUCAUUUGCAGUCCAGUAUCAUAGACAUGACGCAGACCCCUUGUCAUCAUCAGCCAGGAUUUCAUUCUUCCAAAUCACUGAAAGGUUUAAAAAAA